AUGGAUACCCGUUUCCACUGUGUCUACCUUCUUACCAGUCUUGACCCACACUGUGUGGGAGAGUACUACGUUGGCUACACCGUCCAUCCUAUUAGAAGAUUGCGGCAACACAACGGCGAACUCGUCAACGGCGCUUGGCGCACAAAACGCCGCGGACGGCCGUGGCUUCUGUUGUGUUGUGUGUCCGGCUUCGGCGAGGACCGCGUCGCGUUGAAGUUUGAGUGGUGUUGGCAGCACCCCACCAAGUCUGCGCGGCUGCGGCUGCAGAUGCCCUCCCUGCGGGCCGUCCAGCCGCAGCGGCUGGUGUAUGCGGUGGGGGUGUUGCAUUUACUCCUGCGGGCCGAUCUCUUCGCCCGACUGCAACUCACUUUGCAUGUGUUUGAGCCGGCGCGGUUUGCGGAGAUCGCGGCGGAGUUGCGGCAGCGGGUGCCGGCGGUGUUGCCGUUGGGGAAUACACCACUGCUGCAUGUGGAGGAGAUCACGCGGGAACAAUUUCAGAGUAAAUAUUUGGAUGAGACCGAAACGGGGGAAGUCGCGAUGGGAGGCUGCGCGUACUUUAUGACAGCCCCUCUCCAUAAUAAUAAUAAUAAUAAUGUUAAUAGUGAUAAUAAUGUUAAUAGUGAUAAUGAUAAUGGUAAUAAUAAUAAUGGGAAUAAUAUCUCUGGAGGGCCCAGACGAAGUUGUCGGUAUUUAUGCGAGGAGGAUAUUCUUCGACAGCAUGCCAGAGAAAAGGAGUUAUUAGAGGCCGGGCACUAUCCGUGUUCGUUGUGCACAUUACCACUGCGGGCCCCAUACUUUCUACGCUGCGCCCGCACCCCAUUUUGUGGAUUACGCACACAUCUCACAUGUCUAGCCAUGUGGUUUACACACCACACAGGAUCACAACAACAACAACAACAACAACAACGAUCUUUAUCAUCAUUUGGUGGACCAAUAGGAACAGGAAGAGUGGCAGCAAUGCCAUUAUCACAAACAUUAGAACGUGCAGAGAGUCCGUUAAAUAAUCCUCCUCCCGCAUCUUCACAAGAUCCAUCCACACUUACAUCCACACUCACAUUACUACCACGCCAACCGUGUGCAUGUCCAUUGUGUGAUGAACCCCUGCAGUGGGGAGCAUUAGUGCAUGACUUAAAGCGAAGAGUUGUAUUAGAGAAGAGAUGUGCAGAUCGCCAACGACGGGAGAAGAUGGAAGCCGCAUUGACUGAACGACUACAACGUAUUCAGAAUAACAACAUUCAGAAUAAGAAGAGGAACAGAGGCAGGAAUAACAACAACAAUAAUAACAACAGUAAUAUGAAUAGUAGUGUAAUGAGGGGACAACCAGAGUUGGGAAUGACGGAGAGUCAACGAGGUCAAAAGCGACAACGGGAAGACAACAACGCAUACACUAAUAAUAAUAAUAAUGACGUUUCAUACGGGGAUGUGGGAGGGACGUCUCUUGCAAGUUCUGCACUACUCGGAGGCGAGAGAAAUGUAAAAGUGAGUGGAAUAAACAUUGGCAACAGCAUUUCUGAUAUUUGUGAGAGUGUACUUCAGCUGACAGAGUUUGAUGCAGAUGAAUGGUUGAAUAUUUAA